GCUCAGCGGCGGGGGUCGGGGCCGGGGCCGGGGACCCGGCAUGGCGCUGCGGAGGGGCAGCGACGGUGGGGCUUGCGGGCUGCUGCUGCUGCUGCUGGGCGCCGCGUGCCUGGUCCCGCCGAGCGCUCAGGUGAGGCGGCUGGCGCGCUGCCCCGCCACUUGCAGCUGUACCAAGGAGUCCAUCAUCUGCGUGGGCUCUUCCUGGGUGCCCAGGGUCGUGCCGGGCGACAUCAGCUCCCUGAGCCUGGUAAAUGGAACGUUCUCAGAAAUCAAGGACCGAAUGUUUUCCCAUCUGCCUUCCUUGCAGCUGCUAUUGCUGAAUUCUAACUCAUUUACAGUCAUCCGGGAUGAUGCUUUUGCUGGACUGUUUCAUCUCGAAUACCUGUUCAUUGAAGGGAACAAAAUAGAAACCAUUUCAAGAAAUGCCUUUCGUGGCCUCCGUGAUCUCACUCACCUUUCUUUGGCCAAUAACCACAUAAAAGCUCUCCCAAGGGAUGUCUUCAGUGAUUUAGACUCUCUGAUUGAACUAGAUUUAAGGGGCAAUAAAUUCGAGUGUGACUGCAAAGCUAAGUGGCUGUAUCUGUGGCUGAAGAUGACAAAUUCCACUGUUUCUGAUGUGCUGUGUAUCGGCCCACCAGAAUAUCAAGAAAAGAAACUAAAUGACGUGACCAGCUUUGACUAUGAAUGCACAACUACAGAUUUUGUUGUUCAUCAGACUUUGCCCUACCAAUCGGUUUCGGUGGAUACAUUCAACUCCAAGAAUGACGUGUAUGUGGCCAUCGCUCAGCCCAGCAUGGAGAACUGUAUGGUGCUGGAGUGGGACCACAUCGAAAUGAACUUCCGGAGCUAUGACAAUAUUACAGGUCAGUCCAUCGUGGGCUGCAAGGCCAUCCUCAUCGAUGACCAGGUCUUUGUGGUGGUGGCCCAGCUCUUUGGGGGCUCCCAUAUUUACAAGUACGAUGAAAGCUGGACCAAGUUUGUCAAAUUCCAAGACAUAGAAGUCUCUCGCAUUUCCAAGCCCAAUGACAUCGAGCUGUUUCAGAUCGACGACGAGACGUUCUUUGUCAUCGCAGACAGCUCCAAAGCUGGCUUGUCAACAGUUUAUAAAUGGAACAGCAAAGGAUUCUACUCGUACCAGUCUCUGCACGAGUGGUUCAGGGACACGGACGCUGAGUUCGUUGAUAUAGACGGGAAAUCGCACCUGAUCCUGUCCAGCCGUUCCCAGGUCCCCAUCAUCCUCCAGUGGAAUAAAAGUUCCAAGAAGUUUGUUCCCCACAGUGAUAUUCCCAACAUGGAAGACGUGCUGGCUGUGAAGAGCUUCAGAAUGCAGAAUGCCCUCUACCUGUCCCUCACCCGCUUCAUUGGGGACUCCAGGGUCAUGAGGUGGAACAGUAAGCAGUUUGUAGAGAUCCAGGCUCUUCCGUCCCGGGGAGCCAUGACCCUGCAACCCUUCUCUUUUAAAGAGAAUCACUACCUGGCCCUGGGGAGUGACUAUACGUUCUCCCAGAUAUACCAGUGGGAUAAAGAAAAGCAGCUCUUCAAAAAAUUUAAGGAGAUUUAUGUGCAGGCGCCUCGUUCCUUCACAGCAGUCUCCACUGACAGGAGAGAUUUCUUUUUUGCAUCCAGUUUCAAAGGGAAGACAAAGAUUUUUGAACACAUAGUUGUUGACUUAAGUUUGUGAAGUUGUGAUCAGUGCAUUUAAAAGACACGUAGCACUAACUCUUAUAAGAGAGGACCAAGAAAAAAAUUUUUAGAAAGAAGCCAGGUGCAGAGCUCUGACAUUACAAAUGCACUGGGGAAAUAGUUAGACGUUUUCAAAUGUUUAGAACUCACAUUUAAUCAGGGAUUGCAUUUAUUGGCUACCUGCAUGACAUGUCCAUUCUCCCACUUAAAAAGAUGUCUUAAAGCCGGUAAUUCCUGAGAAAAGAGUACAGUAUUAAUUCUUACCAUCUAGGAAAGUAAUGUGCUUUUUUUCUUUUUCUUUUUAAUGAUGAAGGAGAAAAAUCAGAUAAGAUGGAACAGCUCUUAUAAUGAUUUUUUUUUAAAAGACCAAACAAACUAUGGGACCAUCUCAUCCCAUUUUAGCAAUCUUUUUGGUAAGAACUCUUAAAGCCAAAGUCAGCUGAAAAGAUUUGCUGAUGAUAAGUUUAAAAAUCUGAUAACACUCAGCAAUGCUAUUUUGAGCCAUCCCAAUUUCCUGAACCCCCCCUUACUCGCAGAACCUUAGCUAUUUCAUUGGCUCAUACGGAUGCUUGUCAUGGGUGUGUCAACACCAUAACGUUUGACAAAUUGCUUCCUCUGCUCCAAAGGGAACACUCUGCUGACACAUGUCUGGGCCUAGCACGGGAUGUAGGCCCAGGGCUGAGACAAAGGAGGUAUCCUCUCUUCUUGUGGUUCAGAGCUGACCCCCAUGGUGCCUGGAGCACCAAUGCUUGUUUGAUGUGCUCCAUGACUCACUGCUUCUCUAAACCCAUCCUUUGAGUGUGCGGGUAACCAGCAGACAGGCCAAAGACUGAAUGGUGCUUUUUAUUCUGUCCUUUAGAGCAAUAGAAUAGGUAUUUCCAUCUGAUGAGGAUUGAAGUAAGAUUUUGUGGCGUCAAAGAGGACUGCACGCACGUCUCCGUGUACUCUGAAACCUAGAGAUGGCCCUUUGAUUGAUGCAUGCCUUUGCCCUCUGGGCAACUUAAUAUUUCAAGGAACUGAAUACCAAGCUACCUACCUGCCCACCUGCCUACCUCCCUACUCAUGUAACAGUCCUGCUUUGUUGAUUUGCUAAUAUUGCUGCUGCCAGUGCAGCUCUUCCCAAAGUGCUGUGGCACCAAAUUGUAGAACUAAGGAAACUCAGGACAACACAGUCCUUCCUUCCCCAGUCCUUGGCAGUGGAAACCCACAUGCUUACAUGGGGCCACGUGCAGCCAGGGGGCUCAUCCUGUACAAGCUGGGGGCGGGGGUUUCAGGCUGAUCAGUAGGGACCAGGUUUGGAGCCAGACACUCUGAAUCCCACAGACCACGUCUGUACUCGGGGGACCGGGAGACCUGUUUCAAAAUGGGCCUCUCUUUUGUGGAACGGGAAGCUGGUGGUGAGGGGUCUGGUUUUGUGGAAGGUUCCAGAGGGAUAUUCUGCCUGGUUAGCUGGUUCCUGUCAAAAACUGUGAAGUGAAUGCUUUUAGGAGUGGCUUUCACAGAGUAACCCAACAACUUCUAGCCUGAAAGUAGCGCAAGCAUAUUGUACUGCUUUGUUAUUUUUAAUGAUUGUUUGCCAAGUCAUGAGUAGGUAGAUGUUUUGCCACAAACUUGAAUGUGUUUGUUGUUUCUAGGCUUUAAGCAAUGCAGAUCGAGGCAAUGAAUAGCACUUAGAGAACAAUGCAUCGAUGUCACAACUGCACUCUUGGGUACAUUGUGGGGCUGUAAGCUGAGGGCAUCCAGCCUAGGACACCAAGGACUUUAAUGAACGAACUCAUCCACACAUAGCAGCAUUCAUUGUUGCUUGAAUCCUACUAAGCACCUAGCGAAUAGGAGAGGAAUGGUUUGUUUUCAUUUUUUAAAGCACAAAUCACUCUUCUGCAUUCUUUUGCCUUCCUGGUUUAUUUGAAUAGACCCAGAUCCCCACACUGGGGGCUGAAAGUGGGACAGCCCUGUUAUCCCUCCAGCUGUCAACAUGGACAAACUAUUUUCUCUGGCAUGUGGAACCCCUCAGACAAGGCUGGGUGGAAAAACAAGCCCUUGGCAAACAGCGUAGGAGACGUUUAGAGAGUCCCAACAGUUGGGCCAGGUCGACAUGAGGUUCCUGAGUCAGAUGUUUGUAGAGAAGGCAGCUGGGGCGUCUUCACAGUGCAGACUCCACAGAACGGUGCACCAACUUCCCAGCUUCACCUGUGAGGGGGAAGUUAGGGGCUCACCGUGUGCACUCACCACGCUGGUGACCAUCGCCUAGAAUCCGGAAACCAGGAAGCACAGGGUGCCAGGCUGGGAGUGGAGACUAGCUGAGUCCAGAGGAGACAGGUGAAAGAAAGAUCUAAAGCAUAAGAUGGAGGUGGGGGUGGGGGUGGGACAGAGGGUGAGAGGGUGAGUAAUCCACUCAGCUGCAAUCAGGAUUUCUUUUCUUUUUCUUUUUAAAAAAGCUUUAGACAAGAUCAGAGUCUGCAAUCUACAGAGUCCCCGCACUGAGGGAGGAGAUAUCUGUUCUGGCCGACUUACUUAAGGAGUAUGGAUGUUUUUGGCAAGAGGCAAUGGAAGCUUUGCUUCAUUAAUCUUACUGCUCCAUCCCAAGAGUCCCUCAAGUUUUAAACCAUUUCUGCAAGAAGCUUUCUUCCAGUAAGAAUGUAAGACAAAAAAACAACAACGAAAAUCCAAAGCAGAGAGACGUGGCGGCCUAUCCCUGUGGAGAUAGCUGUAGGAGGGGCUGUUCUCGUUUCUUCCUUCCCAUCACCCAUGGGUUGAUCAUCUCAGCUUGUUUCUUUAUAAUCUUGGUGGCCAGGCUCCCAGAUUGAGUCCCUCCAUGUAGUCAUAUAGCCAAGACGCAUAGCCUUAAAGCGAGGACUUUUUGUUCCCAAAUUCCAUGGAGUCAAGAAUAGAUCUCUUAUGAAGACUAAAAAUAAGGCUUUGGUGUGAAUGGUGCUGUGACCUUGGGCAGUGGUUAAUAAGACCCCCUUGCAUUUCAACAAAGCUUUAUUUUUGUUUUCAAUGUACCUUUGUAGUCAUCUGAUUUGUUCAUAAAUAGUUCUUCAAUUUAUUGGAGAUUCCAAUAAAUUAUAUAUAUUUAUAUAUAAAAUAUAGUAUUCCAAUUUCAGAGAGGAGAUAGACACAGAAAAUCUAAGUCAAUUGCCUACUCAAGAUUAUCCAACAGUGAGUGGCAAAGCUAGAACUUUCUCUUUAAACAGCAGGCUUCUUUCUGUGACCCUGCCCUGGCCUCCAAAUGAAGACUUCUUAGUCAUGAUUUUGAAUAUAACAGCACCUUGAGAUAAAAUAAAAAAUGCAAGAAAAUGGGAAUAGUCAGAAGGAAAAUAGUGCUAACUAGACACCAUCCAAUGAACUGGCCCAUUUAGCAAUUAAACACCUUCGAACUGCUAUUGCAUGCAAGGCCCCACUCUUGAAAGUCUUUUGGAAGUUUCAGAUAAUUUUCUUUCCAAAAGAGGGUUUCUAGCUGGCACAGGUAUUUCUCCCCUGACACAGCUGUGAGAGGGGUGCUGAGGUAGAGACGCAUCUGGUUCUUGUCACAAUGUCCACAAGCUAAACAAGAGCAGUUCUGUAAGGGAAAAACGAAAAACUUGAAUGCACGAGUGAUGAUGAAUGGCUCCCGGCCGCAAUCAGCCUUCGGGGAGCCCGCUGGAAAUGGCAGUGUUGCAUUUUUCUUCCCCACGGAGUGAGAGGCUGUGUAUUUUUAGGAAAGAAAUCAGCGUGGGAUACUGGAGCUUUGGCUGCCAGGAACACUCACGAUGGAAAUUUCUCCAACCAGGGUAUAAUGAAAGAGAGAUGAGGGUCUGUGGGAGGGAGUUGAUUUGCAUGCCACCUCAAGAAAAAUCUUUUUAGCCGACUUCCUGAUUCUUCUGCCAGAGGUACUAGCCUCUCACUCGCAGCUUUGUGGGCAGUGGCCAGGGAUGCUGUUGAACAGUGCCCUGGGACAGAUGCAGCAAUCUACUUGUUGACGCAGUGAGUAAGAAGGUCCAGCCUCGGGAGAAGCGUAAAGGGAGUCAGCAGAAAAGCAGGGUGGAUGACUCUGGAGGAAACUCUUUGGGGAAAGUGGAAAUAUGCUAGAAGAAAAGAAAAAGUCAUAAUGAUUUCUUUUGCCUCAGCCAGGCAAAGAGAGGGUGAAUCUACCAGGCAAAUGUACAGCAUCCCAAUUAUUAAGGAAGAGAACCAAUGAUAACAGUCAUUAAAAUAAUUAUAUGGAAAGCUACUGAGACACCCUUUUCCUUACAUUAUCCCAUUGCUUGUAUCAGAAUCUACCUUUUUUCUAGUAGGGAAACUAUGUAUUCCCCCAUCAAUCCCUUUGAUUAUCAGGAAUGAAUAAGACCCGUGAUAAAAUAGGCCAAUAUGCCAUUUGGUACCACUUUUAUGUAUUUGAAAUGCAUAAUGUAGGCAAAAUAAGAAUAUAUGUAUAUGAAAGUGAAUUUUGCAGUAUGCAAGCUACAAUGAAUGCAUUUUAAUGCUGAAUAUAUAUUUAGCUCUUUUUUGGUAAAUAGAGUUAACAAGUGAUAUGCCUCUUAAUUCGAUAUAUUCUGUAAACCUAUGAAUAAAAAGUAGCUCCUGCCAAAUAUG